AAUCUAAAUCCAUUGUACCUGGUUGGAAAAGACCCUGUGAGCAAUGCUCCCUGCACUUGCUGCAUCCUCACUUGAAUGUCUAUUAGCACCUUCCUUCCCACUCCCUUGAGUUUCCUUUGCCAGGUAGAAUAAAUAUAUAUAACUUCCAUUUGAAAGCCUUUGAGAAAAAAAAAUGUUGUCAAGGGAAACUCUUCUAGCAUUUCUUAUAGACAUGCUUGAUCUGUUUUAUAUUUUAUUUUUACUGUCAUGAAUGCAUAUACCAGGGAUUUUUUCCUCCACAAGAUAGAUAUUAAUUUGAACGCCCAACACCCAGCUCACACUGGGCUUGUGUAAUUCUGACGGUUGUCUCAAAAUAGCCUACAAUAUAUUUCAACAUCUAUCAGAAGGAGACUGGCUUGAUCUGUUCCCUUUUUCCAAUCAUUCAUGGAAAUUUUGGGUCAACUAAAGGAAAAUUUUGCAAAUUCACUUUAUCCCAGACAGACACAUUUGUAUUCUCUGUCUGUCGUGCUUUUAAAUAAAAAUCAUCCAAGCUUCCAAAGUGAGCUUCUGUUUCCCAGCUGAUUCCCCUGCAAAUGUGAAUGGGGUGCAUGCUUUGGUGGUCCAACAGGGGAGAUCACACUGGGUCCCAGUUCAAAGCCCAGUUCUGUUCUAAAGCUGAGCUUAGCUGUUCGUGAAACAAAUAGGCAAGAGAGUUAUAAAACUAUUAAUUGCUGCUUUAGAUUCCAAGAUGAAAGCUGUAUGUGGGCAGAAAUAAUUUGGUCUAUUCAUAAGGGAACAUCAUAAAGGAUCAUCUCUGGCAGUUCGUGACCCUUCUCCUCGCUCUGCUUCCAGUGCAGGAGGGAUGGAGGGAUUUCCCUGGGGUACAAAGCUUGCAGGGUCCUGACACCCACCUUCUAAUUUUGAGCUGGGAGAGAGAUAGGAGCCAUCCCCUUCUGGCUGUCAGGGUUUGGCACAUCUCACCCAGAGCCACAGCUGUGCUCUGGGGAUGGUCCUGCUGAGCUGGAGCAAUGCUUCAGGCUUGUCCUGCCAUCCUGGGCUGCCCUGUGCCCCAGCCCAGCCCCCAAACCACCUGGCCUUUGAGUUUGGUGGCCUGACCUUUCAGAGAGCUGCUCUACAGGGAGGGUGCAGAGAGGGUCUGAGGCUGGUUUUGGGAUAAGCUGGAUCCCACAGAUGCACCUCCAGGGCCCCCCAUCUGUGUGUGUGUGCUUAUAGCCUGAAUGCAUGAGCAUCCUUCUGGAAGGAACCUGGAUUAGUCAUCCCUACCCCACAGAUGGGCUGUGUGAUGUCUUCUCUGGAAAAGCUAAUCUGACACUGAAAUUCCAAUUUAUCCCUGAAAGAAGGGUUUACACCCCUUCUUCUCCCUUGCUUUUGGCUUAAGCAUUACAAAUGGAUCCUUCUCCUUCUUCCCUCCCGUUUGAAAGGCAAGACAUUGAGUCCAUUAAGCUCUGAGGUUUAUCACCAGCUGGUUGCCUCCUCCAGACGUGGUGUGAUGGAAGUGCUGGUUGUGGUGCAAAGCUGUGUCUUUAAGGAGCCCCGGGCUGGGAGAUGCAGCGGAGUUCGCAGAUGCCUUUGCCAGGCUGUUUUACACAAAUCUGGCAUUUCCUGCACCCACAGCCAUGCUCAGCUUAAAAAACACCUCUGGGGCUUAACCGUAGCUCCAUUACCUGUUCCUCUGCAGCUCUGCUCUGCCCUACAGGUUUAAAGGUGACUGUGUUCCCCAGGUCCCUCCCAGUCUGACAAACCUUUUACACCGAGGUUCUCACACUGGAAAGCAGGUAGAGCCCUGUUGUUUGCCCCAUAAAUCCUGUGAGAUGGCUGGUGAGGAAGAACUCACAGGACCGCCCUGGGUAGUGUGACCCACCUCGUGUCCCUGACCUGGCCUUGGCCCCCGGUGGCUGCUGUGGGACCAGGCUGUUCUCUGUGGGGUCUGCUGGCACCUCGGCAUCACUGCAGGGGCUGCAGCCUUUCUUCCCUCAGCUCCUGCUGCCUGUUUGUGCCCUCUGUCCCUGCAGACCCUAAAAGCUUAGAAAAUUCUGUGGGUGACUUAAGACAGGAAAAAAUGUAAUUCCUCCACCAAGAGAGCAAAGCAGUGUCCCUCAAACCCCACCACUCUGUGCCAGGAGCAGGGAGGUCCCGUGAGUACAGGGCUGCUCCCUGCUUGUUUUGAUGAAUAAGGUAGGUGGAAAAAUCUGAUUUCGAGUUGGUGCAUAAAGAUCACGAUGCUUUUUAUUUGCUUUUUUGCUCUAAAAUUCUGGUUGAGACAGGUAAAUGCAUCUGCAUCUAGGAAUGCUUCUCUUUCUUUGAUGCUUUAACUGUUUCUCAUUAGAAAAUAGAAUUUCUGCUGCACAAAAAAAGCCCAGCUCCUGGAAACUUACAAAUCCCUAAAAAACAAUAGAAAUCAAAACUCUGGGUUUUUAUUUUCCCAUUGACAUACAGAUUUGAUUCAGUCAUCAAUGAUUCUGAAUCAUGUUUUUGUUAUGUUUCAACAUAAUCAAAAUAAUCCUAAUAUUUUACAUGGCAGAACACACAAGAGGAAACAAAACAGGCAGAUGAAUUGUUUUGACACUUCUUCCUCUCAAAUUCUUCCUAAAAUCGACACCUUCUGUGACAAUACUUUGAUUUUGGCAAAACUGCCUGUGCUGCUGGAAAGAUUGCACCAUCUAAGGACUUUUUGACCAGGUGUAAUUAGUAGCGUGGGUAGUGGGGCUACAAAGCACUUUGGCAGAAUCACAGCAGUGGUGAUUGGACAAGAUCUAAUUUUUCCUCAGGGAGACUCUUUGGGGAAUAAAUCUUCUCUUAAGUGACUAAUUACCUGUUUGAAGAAGGAGAGCCCCAUGGGUGGGGUGCUGGAGGUGAAUUAAACUGCCUUCCUUAGGCCAUUAGCAACCUGCAAAGGGAGAAACUUUAGCAGGUGGAACCCGCUCCUGCACUGCUGAUCAUGGUCAACAAGACCUUAAAUUACUGGGGUCCCGGUUUUGAGGAGGACGUUAUCAACAUCAACGUGGGCGGUCUGAGGAGGCGGCUCAGCUCCAGCGCGCUCUCCAAGUUCCCCGACACGCGCCUGGGCCGGCUGCUCUCCUGCGACUCGGAGGAGUCCAUCCUGCAGCUCUGCGAUGACUACGACGUGAGCGCCAGGGAGUUCUACUUCGACCGAAACCCCGGAUUCUUCCUCUAUGUCCUGCACUUCUACCAGACGGGGAAGCUGCAUGUCAUGGAGGAGCUGUGCGUCUUCUCCUUCUGCCAGGAGAUCGAGUACUGGGGCAUCAACGAGUUCUUCCUGGACUCCUGCUGCAGCUACCGCUACCACGAGCGCAAGCUGGAGAGCCGGCACCACAACUGGGAUGAGGAGAGCGAGGUGAGCAGCGUGGACACGUCCCCUGAUGAGAUCUCUGACAUCAACCACGACCUGCUGCGCUACAGCACCCUGCGCUGUGGCAACCUGCGCAAGCGCCUCUGGCUCACCAUGGAGAACCCUGGCUACUCCAUCCCCAGCAAGCUCUUCAGCUUCGUGUCCAUCAGCGUGGUGCUGGUGUCCAUAGCCACCAUGUGCAUCCACAGCAUGCCCGAGUACCAGGAGGUGGAUGAGAAUGGCAACGUGCUCGAUGAACCCAUCCUGCACAAGCUGGAGUAUUUCUGCAUCUCCUGGUUCACCUUUGAAGUAUCCUCCCGCCUCCUGCUCUCACCCAACCCCAGGAAGUUCUUCAAGCACCCACUGAACCUGAUUGACAUUGUGUCAGUGUUGCCCUUCUACUUCACCCUCCUGGUGGACGUGACCAUGGGCAGUGACUCGGAGCUGGGCAACCUGGGCAAGGUCGUGCAGGUGUUUCGGCUCAUGAGGAUAUUCCGGGUGCUGAAGCUGGCUCGGCACUCCACUGGACUGAGGUCACUGGGGGCCACCUUGAAGCACAGCUACAGGGAGGUGGGGAUCCUGCUGCUCUACCUGGCUGUGGGGGUCUCUGUCUUCUCUGGAGUGGCCUACACUGCCGAGAAGGAGGAAGACGUCGGCUUCGACACCAUCCCAGCGUGCUGGUGGUGGGGCACGGUCAGCAUGACCACCGUGGGCUACGGGGACGUGGUGCCCGUCACCGUGGCAGGCAAGCUGGCGGCCUCGGGCUGCAUCCUGGGGGGCAUCCUGGUCGUGGCACUGCCCAUCACCAUCAUCUUCAACAAGUUCUCCCACUUCUACCGCAAGCAGAAGGCGCUGGAGGCGGCCGUGAGGAACAGCGGCAAGCAGGAGCCCGAGGAGCUGGGGAGCACCUCCAGCCGCGACCGAGACUCGGAGGCCCUGAGCGACACCUCCCUGGACAGGGGCAGCCCCGACCGCCGUGGUCUGACCCCCGGUGCCCACCCCAGCCCCUGACCCCUCGCUCUGCAGCCCUGGGGCUUGUGGGACCUGCUGGGACCCACCCGGGGCGCGUGGGACCUGCUGGGACCCACCCGGGGCGCGUGGGACCUGCUGGGACCCACCCGGGGCAUGUGGGACCUGCUGGGACCCACCCGGGGCGCGUGGGACCUGCUCACGGUGAGCUCGGCCCCGGGACACGGCGGAGGAGCCACGGCCGGCACCACCCUGCGAAGGACAGGAGGGGUUGGAGGAGAUGCCCAGUGGGUGCUGGCUGCUUCCAGACCCUGCCUGGUUGUGUCUCAGCCUUCACCUUGCUCACCCGUGGCUGCAAAGGGAGCUUGUGGUGCUGGAUAUAGCCCUGCCAGAAAGGGAGGCAGAAAAUAAGAAAUAGAAGCGACUCCUGAUCAGGCACUGCCCCAGGUGUGUGGAGAGGGAUUUUUCUCUGCCCUAAUGAUUUGUGUUGUCCAGGGUGAGGUUAAAUAGCUCAAGGAUGAGGCAGCCCUCAACAGGCUGGCAGCCCUUACAGAUCCUGUGCCAUGUUGACAACUCCAGCCCCAGCCUUGUCCUACCCCCAGCAGGAAACAAGCUCAAAAGGCUCAACUGCCCCUCCAGCCAUAAAGGCAAGGGGCCUGGGAAUGAGCCUGUAUGGGAGGAGAGGGAGUGUCCAGCUCAGGGUGAGCACCAUGGUCUCUAGCCCCUGCAGUGGGAUCGACUGAACCCCACUUUCUUUCCACUGCUGGGAUUUAUCUGCUCUCCUGCACUGCCACUGCCGGGACCCGCAGGGAUCUGGGGCUGUGCAGGGAGUGUGGCACAGCUGGGAGCACUGCCCACCCACCUGGGGAUGACCAGGAUGGCAGAAGGAACACUGUGCUCUGAGGCAGCAGCAGUCUAAGGGGUCAGGUUGGGGGAACUGAGGAGCCAAUUCCAGUCGGGCUGUCCCCCAAGCCCUGGUCUCCCUCACCACAGCCCCUAGCCUGGCUUUAUCCUGCCUCUUCCCUCCCUGUCUCAGGGCCAGGAGGGCUGUAAGGAGGAGUCACACUGCCCCGGGUGUCCUCACAGGGAGCUGAGCUCCCCGAGUGCCGCUGCACUCACCUUCCCCCUGCAGGGAGAGAGCUGGGGCAGAGGGGACCUUGCACUGCUUUUGUCACCACAGCCUCUGAGCGCCUCACAGCCAGGCAGGGAGGUUGGCCUGGAACACAAACCCCUUCCUGCCCGGACCCCCAGCCCACCUGAGCACUUUUGGGGCUGCUCCCAGCACAGCAUUAAUUCCCUACAGAGCUUUUCCUCACCCUCCCACCCCUGCUCUCUGUUUGGAAAUUGUGCAGCUCCGUUGCACACAGAGGAGUGCACCCAGCAAUGCCUGUUUUGAGCAGGAGAAACGAGCAUCCCACAAUCCCAAACCACCAAACACACGCUAAAGGCUGCAGGAUGACCCCGGGUACCUGGACCAUGGCUUUGCUGCUGCUUGUCCUGGCUGGGUUUCAGCACAGCUGUAGUUGCUGGUGCUGGCUCUGCCUGUAGCCAUCUGCUGGUCAUGGGCAGGGAAAGCCUACACUGGUGCAGGUCCAGCCUUUCCAAGCCCUGGGGGACUCAGGGAGGGUCCCCAAGGAACGGUGGUGUGGGAUGGGAGGGUGCUCACGCUUCUGGCAUCAUCAAGUCUUCCAGUACCAACUCCAUGGUCCUCUCUGUGCUUAUUCCUGCUGGGAGCUGGGACUGGAGAGCAGCACCCUCUGCUCCAACCAGCUCCUGCUGCACUGUUACUUGAAUACAGGAAGGAGUUUCCCCUUCUCAACAUAAAUAUUCCAGUAGCAAAAUGUAUUCAAAUGUGAAGAGUAAAUUAUAUCUAUUAAUGAAAAAGCAUUAUGCAAAUAAUUAGGAGCAUGUAAAUUAAUUUUCUAUCUAUGCAUGGGAUGCAUACUGUAUAUUUUAUUAAAGACCUCAAUGACCUGC